CGGCGGGCCCCCUGGGCUGCCCCGCGCCGCGGGCCUGGAGGGGCGCUCGCUCCCGCGGGGAGGCCCGGGACCGGGUUACGGCCGAGGCUGCGCCAGGAGGGGGCGCCGUCCCCGCUCCGCCGCGCGGGCCCGAGCCCCGGGGCGCGCCGAGCAGCGCCUCGUUACUCUCUCACACCGUCGGCACAUGCCACGGACCAAGAGCGAAACCUGUUUCAAAGCGGACACGGGCUUGUCGCUACGGGCGCGCCGGCCAGCCCCGGCCCCCGGGAGGCCCGCCCCGCACCGGCCCGCGCUCCCAGCCGUGAGCGGGCUCCGCGGGCGCCUCUGCCCCCUCCUGGACGCCCCGGGUCCGGCGCUCCCGGCAGGAGGCGCGCGGAGGAAACCCUUCCGCCGAUGGAGCCGCCUCCGCGCCCUUUGUACCCCCGGGCUCCGGGGGUCAGCACGUGAAGGUCAAGGUGCGCCCUGGCUCGGACCCCGCGGGCCUCGGCUCUGCUGCAAUUCCGCGCCCUCCAGUCCCUGCUCGGAGACUCCCCUGGCGGCAGCCCCCGCCCCGCCGCCCCCGCCGCCCCCCCUCGGGGCCGCUCCGCCGCCUCACCGGGAAUCCGAGGGCCGGCUCCGGGGCUCGGGCCCGCGCGGAGCGGGGGCGGCGCCCCUCGCUCCCCGACCUACGCGCUCCUCCCUCGGGGCUUCGCGUUGUGCCCCGGGAACUAGAAGAGGCUGCACACGGUCGGGGCUUCUCCAGCUUUUUCUCUUCGCCACCCCUUCCGAGCGCAGACAUCGCUAUGCGGCUCCCACCUACGGGGGUGUGAAACAGCCCCCCCCCCAGCUGUGAGACGGGCCCCAGUUUAAGAAGCCGGGACGGCCUCCGAGGUCUCUUCCGCGCCGGCAGGGAGUCCGGCCCGCUCACACCCUCCGCGGGCAGCGCGGGCAGCGCGGGCAGGCUCGGGCUUCCUCUAGCCGCUCAGACACGGCGUCUGUUCAAAUACAACCGUCCAGGACUGCUCCCAUUCUGCUACAGCUUUCUCCCACAUGGAUUGACCUGAAUCGGCAUUUUUGACGCCUCAGCAGUUCAGAAUGCAGAACAGGGACCCUCCUGGCUUUGAAUGUAAGCUCACUUAUCUGAAUAUGGACUUCCCAGGGAAUAACCCGUCCGAGGCUGCUCCAGAUUCAUUCUUGGGGAAGGAACUGAAUCUCUUAGAGCUUUAUCUGUAAAAUGGGAUACUAGUUACCAGCACAGGGCUGUCGGGCGGAUCAAGAGAUUGUGCAUAAAAUCCUAUGAAAACAUCUAAGCACUACAUAAAUUUCACUUACCAACAUGUGUGUGGCUUACAUGAGUUGUCAGCUGACAGCUUAGAGGGAACACUGUGACAUUAAAAGGGUGUUUACUGGACCUUGUGAUGAUCAGUGGAACUAACUUGGAAUUGUCCAUUUUCUGAUAUGCUGACCACCUCCUCCUCGAGGAAUGAAGCUAAAUAAGCAAGGCCUUCUGGAGAACAGAAGGACUAGUCCUGGGUUUGGGAAAUCCUUUUUGGUCAGAAUAACAAAGACUAGAAUAUGGAUGGGAAAUUAUGGACAUCCAGAAGCUAGCAGUGCAGUCAUGAGGCACAACUUUUUAAAAGCUCAUUUUCUUCAUCUGUAAAAUGGGGGUGUCUGUACUUUGUUUUGAAGGUGAAACUGUUUAAUUUUUAAAAUGUAAAGGCUAAGUUUUUUCACUAGCAGAUAAUGACACCCACAUUCUUUUCAGUAACAGCUGCCUCCCUCCCUAUGGUGCAGUGAGGCUUGGGGUUAGGGUGGUAUCUAAGGUCUAACCUUGAGCCGCUUUCCCAUAUAUAGCCUCUGGAUAAGCCAGACUAACUCCCUCAGAAACAUGAACUCCCUAAAUUUGACAAGGCUUUGAUUAAGAGACUGGCUAAGUGAAGUCAAAGACAAACAGAGGGCCUAAGAACACAAAAGUAAUUAGUUUCAAGCUUUUCAACAAGCUAUUAAAAAGAGGUAUUUUGGAGGCCAGGAGAGAUUCUGAAAAGAAGCUGAACUUAAAGCUUAAAACUUAAAAUUGUGUAAGCCCUCUCCAUUUCCUUAAUUGUAAAAAUACUGACUUCAUAAGGGUGUUUGAGGGGAAAAUGCUUUGGAACCCUUAAAGUGCUAUAAAAGCCCGAGCAGUUAUUAUCCUAUAGGACUCAGAAAUCCUUGUCGAAGGCAAACUAGGGAACAUUAUAAGGACUAAAGCUAGUUUUGCCUAAAAUGGCUUCAGUAAAGAUCCUUUUUCUAAAUAUCUGGGCUUCAGUUUCAUGAGAAGUAAGCUAAAAGGUAGCAUUUGCUAUUAUUUAAAUGGCAUGCUGAGAUGUGCCUGGGCCAGUAUCCUAGAUCCAAGUUCUGCAAAAGUGUCUAUACAUGGCAGCUGUACUGUAGUCAACAGAGCAAUGUAUUUGGAGUCAAAUGGUCUGGGUUCAAAUGACAAUUUUGCCACACACAUCUUAUCACAAAAGUCAUUAUCACUAGGCCUUUUGGUUUCCCCAUCUGUAAAAUUAGUGGUUUGGGAUUAAGGGUUCUAAACUUUUGUGUCAUGGUGGCAGUUUGGGGAAAAAACAAAGACACCUCAGAACCAGGUUUUUAAAUACAUAAAAUACAAAGGACUAAAGGAAAUCAAUGAUAAUAAAAGUUACCAAAAUAUUAAAAAACAUGUCAAUGGACCCCAGGUUAGAAUUCCUGGAUUGGCUGAUCUCUGAGGUCCCAAUCCACUUCUAAACGCUGUGAUGGGGAAAUAAUUUUAUAAACUAUCAGUUUUACUUCACCAGGAUGAUGCUUCCCUUCCAAGGUCACCAAGUUGACACUUUGAC